AUGCCAAUCGCCCAGGGCCCCCGCUUCCCACAGACUUUCGCUGCUGUUUCCAUCUCUGCUGCUGCUUCCACUUCUGCUUCCGCUCCCACCUCUGCUUCCGCUUCCACCUCUGCUUCCGCUUCCACCUCUGCUUCCGCUUCCACCUCUGCUCCCGCUUCCAAAUCUGCUUCCGCUUCCACCUCUGCUUCCGCUUCCAAAUCUGCUUCCGCUUCCACGUCCGCCUCCACUUCCUUUCCCCUACUCUGCCAUCCAAUUUGUCGUCAGCCCCUGCUUCUGCCGAGCCACCGAGCAGGCACGAGAAAAACAGGAGCCGACGGCGUCAGCCUCUCCGGGUCCUCCGUCCAGCAACCAACUUUGUCUGCAAACUCGUAUUCGUGA